GUGAACGGACUCAGACGCCGCCGGAAGUCGCCAUGUACGGUGAGAUGACGAGCUCAAAAAAUGAUCGUAGAGUUUCGGACUCAAGUAGCCUCUCGAAAAUUUUAGGCCUGUAUUUCCCCAAAAUCAACUUAACGCUGGACGAUUCCAAGUUCAAAUUUGAACUCGCAUCCGAUCUUGCUGACUUCUUUUCUAAUGCUGGAGAGUACUUUGUUUCUCAGGUUAAAGAUGAUGAUGGCAUAUUCUUCUUGCCACUUGACUUUGAGCAGUUUCGGAGAGUUUGCGACAUUGAGAGUUUUUAUUUGACUUUAGAUGAUAGACCUAAAGAAGCUCUGUUAUGUUUGAGCGCUGCAUUGCACAAGGUUAUGUUCAUGAAAUGGGGAAAUGAGAAGUUUGAUGAUUUUUGUUCAAAGAUAAAUAUUCGUCUGCACAACUACCCUCUAGUGAUUGCGUUGAAGAACCUGAAAGCAGCAUAUAUUGACAGGCUUGUUUCUGUACGUGGUACAGUGAUAAAAGUUAGCACAGUUAAGCCUCUGGUAAUAGAAAUGAGUUUUGCCUGCACAAAAUGUGGAACCAACAUUACUCGUGACUUCCCAGAUGGGAAAUUUUCACCCCCUCCGAUAUGUGAAAUGCAUGGUUGCAAAAGCAGGACCUUCACUCCCAUUAGAUCCAGUGCUCAACCUGUAGACUUUCAGAAGAUAAGAAUUCAGGAGACGCUGAGAUCAGAACAUCAUGAGGAGGGGCGUGUUCCACGGACAGUUGAAUGUGAAUUAACAGAAGAUCUUGUAGAUGCAUGCAUUCCUGGAGAUAUUGUGACUGUAACUGGUAUUGUUAGGGUGAUUAACAACUACAUGGACAUUGGAGGAGGAAAAUCAAAAAGCAAGAAUCAAGGACUUUACUAUUUAUAUCUUGAAGCAGUCUCAAUAAGAAAUUCCAAGACUCAACCAAUGCCUGAGAAUCCAAUGGACAAGUCCAAUGCAAUAUCCGCAGAGCCUUUUGACUCACUCUCAUUUUCUCCAAGGGAUUUAGAGUUUAUUGUAAAGUUUUCAGAAGAAAAUGGUUCUGAUGUUUUUCGGCAAAUACUUCAUUCUAUUUGCCCCUCAAUCUAUGGGCAUGAGCUUAUUAAAGCGGGAAUUACUCUAGCUCUAUUUGGUGGUGUACAGAAGCAUUCCAUGGAUCAGAACAAGGUUCCUGUUAGGGGAGACAUCCACAUCAUAAUAGUUGGUGAUCCUGGACUAGGUAAAAGUCAACUACUUCAAGCAGCAGCUUCUGUUUCUCCUCGAGGCCUAUAUGUGUGUGGUAAUGCUACAACUAAUGCUGGCCUCACUGUUGCUGUGGUCAAGGAUCCAAUGACUAGUGAUUAUGCCUUUGAAGCUGGUGCUAUGGUUCUUGCAGACCGUGGAUUAUGCUGCAUUGAUGAGUUUGACAAAAUGUCUGCUGAACAUCAGGCCUUGUUUGAAGCUAUGGAGCAGCAGUGUGUUUCUGUUGCAAAGGCAGGACUUGUUGCAAGUUUAUCAGCACGAACAUCUGUUUUAGCAGCCGCAAACCCUGUUGGGGGUCAUUAUGACCGUACAAAAACUGUAAAUGAGAACUUGAAAAUGAGUGGUGCUUUACUCUCGCGAUUUGAUUUGGUUUUCAUAUUACUUGACAAACCUGAUGAGCAACUGGAUAAGCGACUCUCAAAGCACAUUAUGUCUCUUCAUGCUAAACAUCCAGAACAUCCUCCUUCCACAAAACGAUUAUGUACAGCACACUUUGACGUUAUGGAGAAUAACCUGAACAUAGAGCAUGAUUCUUUAGUUGCAAAAUUGAGGCUUGACCCAAAGAAGGAUAGUGGUUUUGUUCCAUUACCUGGUCCUCUUCUGCGUAAAUACAUUGCCUAUGCAAAAGCUUACGUAUUUCCAAGGAUGACAGAACCUGCAGCGGCUACCUUGAAGACGUUUUACCUGCGACUAAGAGAUCGUAGCACAUUUGCUGAUAGUACACCAAUAACAGCUAGGCAAUUGGAAAGUUUGGUAAGGUUGGCUGAAGCUCGAGCUAGGGUUGAUCUAAGAGAACAAAUAACUGAGCAGGACGCUUUGGAAGUUGUUGAACUAAUGAAGGAGUCUUUGUAUGAUAAGUAUGUUGAUGAGCAUGGCUUUGUGGAUUUUGGGCGUAGUGGGGGGAUGAGUAAAGAAAAAGAGAAGAAGAGAUUUUUGGGUGCCCUAAAUAAGCAGUCAGAAUUGCAUCAAAAGGAUUGCUUUUCAAUAUCUGAAUUAUAUAGUUUGGCAGAUACCAUUGGCUUAAGGGUUCCAGAUAUUGAUACAUUUUUGGAUACACUUAAUAGUGCAGGUUAUUUACUAAAGAAGGGCCCAAAGAGAUAUCAGGUGGUAUCAUCAUCUUAUUCAAGAAGUCAAUCAUCAAGGGGAUAGUUUCACAUCACUGGUAAUAAGCUUUAGAAACAUCAUUUUGCCUCUUUUUUUAAAAAAUUGUUUCUAGUCUUUACUCCCUUUUAAUACAGCGUCUCUUAAAAAGUAGGAAUGAUUCAAUACCUACAAGCACUUUUGUUCUUGUUCAUGUUAUAUGAACAAUUAUCUCCUAUUAACCACUUCCAAAAGUUUGCAGAUUUUUUAUGAUUAUCUGUGGGAGUUUACAGUUUAUCUAUCAAAUUCCUGGU